GUACACCCACCUCCAACACCUACACAGAGGCAGUCAGAGAGGCAGUACGCUGAGUAACAUGCUACGUGCCAUCUUCAUGCAGCUGGUUCCUCACCAGCUCGAGGCAGGGAGCUCAGCACAGUGCACUCACUCAGGAAUUUCUGUGUGGGUUCGACUCUUCAUGAAAAUGUAAAAAAAAAAAAAAGUGCAUUUUAAAAACUCCUACUGCUAAACUGAACCUGGUAUUGCUCUUCAUCCGGAGACGGGCGUAAGAAGUCGUUCUUGCUGGGGGUCACCAAGUUAUGGACCUUUGGAUUUAAAAAGUAAAAAUUUCAAGAUCACCCUAAUCAAUAUUUUAUGAACGUUUCUUGAGGCUGCAUAUAGUUUGGUGAAGAAAUCUGAACUUCCAGGGGAAGAUGGAAUGGCGGUGGAAAUCAUUACCUUUACUCUUCAUUCUAAUAGAAGGUGCGUUGAGUAGACACUGGGCGGCUUGGAUGCCGGCGUCCAUUUCUGCUUUUAAAGAAACUUGCGUAGCCAUCCCAUGUAGCUUCAACUAUCCAGAAGACAUUCGACCGACGACGAUCCAGGGGAUCUGGUACUUCAACAGUCCGUACCCUAAAAACUUCCCCCCCGUGGUCUUCAAAUCCAAGACCAGCACGGCGCACGAGAUCUACAUGGGGCGCACCAAGAUGAUCGGGGAUCUCCAGGAGUCCAACUGCUCCAUACAGAUCGACCGGGUCAGCAGCGAGCUGCAGGGAAAGUACUACUUCCGGGCGGACCUGGGGGGGUACAACCAGUACACCUACUCCGAGCACGCCAACCUUUACAUACUAGACGAGCCCUUCGUGGUCCAGCCUCAGGAAAUAAUCUCAGGCUCCGAGACGGAGAUCACAUGCUUGGUGGACGAUAACUGCCCCGACAUGAAGCCCACGGUGACCUGGAUGGACAUCGAGGGGCUGGAGCAUCACAUGGUGUUCGCCCACCUGGAGGAGAACAAUCUCUCUUGGAAGCAGACCUCCACCCUGAAAUUCCUGCCCUCCCAUAAGAACAACGGGCAGCGGCUCGGCUGUAGAGUCACCUAUCCGGGCACAGAACUGGAUUACAAAGGAUUUGUGACCAUGGAUGUAAAAUACGCCCCGCGAAUCGUGGAUAUAAACUCGUCCACGGAAACCACAGAAGGCACGCAGCUGGUGUUUGUCUGCGUCGUUGAUAGUAACCCCAUGUCACGUGUUAUGUGGCUGAAGGACGACGUGGUUUUAAAGGAAGACUUCACAGGAAACCUCACCCUAGAGCUGGAGUACGUAACCUACAACCAUGAUGGCGUGUACCUGUGCGCCGCCGAGAACGACUAUGGGAGGAUCAACAAGUCCAUGGGGCUGGCCGUCAUGUAUGCCCCAUGGAAACCAUCGGUGAACGUAUCGCUUGUCGCAAUCGAAGGCGAGACGGUGACCAUGUUCUGCAACACCCAGGGGAACCCCGACCCCAUCCUCUCCAUUGUCAAAGAUAAGCAAAUCCUCAACUCUGUCAUCUUCGAGAAUGAGCUGAUCCUGGAGAUCCCGUCGGUCACCCACGAGCAUGAUGGGGAGUAUUGGUGUCUGGCCGAAAAUCAAUAUGGACACAGCAACAGCUCCUUCAACCUCACCGUUGUGUUUUCGCCGAUAGUUUUAUCCGAAUCUAAGUGCACGGUGACGAAGGACAGCGUUCAGUGCAUGUGCACGGUCAAGUCCAACCCCGACCCGUACAUCAUGUUCGAGAUCCCCGAAAAGAACUUUACGGUGAGCGAGCUGAACGCGGAGUUCGUCCACUCCCAGAGGAACGGCUACACGGUGAGCAGCAUCCUGACGCUGCAGAAGGAGACGGAGCUUCCCAAAGUCGUCCUGUGUUCUGCAAGCAAUCUGUACGGCAAGAAGAUCCACGAGCUCGGCUUCCAGGACACCGACAGCAUGCUCUGGGCGAAGAUCGGUCCCGUGGGAGCCGUGGUGGUUUUCGUCAUCCUCGUCGCGGUCGGUGGCUACAUGAUUAAAACCAGAGAAAAAAAGCCCAUGACAGAAAGUUCUAGUUUCAUCCAGACAGAGACUUCGCCGUCGUACAGCGGAGACGCAUCGAAGACGAAACCUUUAGGAAAAAUCGAGAAUCGGUUCCUCAGCAUUUCAGAAAGGAUCCUACUGAGCAAGAGGCAUCAACCCAAACCCAUGGACUCUGAGUACGCCAACAUUGACUUUUCAAAGAGGAAUGUUAAGGACAUUUACACCUCCCCCGAGGAGCUGACGGAAUACGCCGAGAUCCGGGUGAAAUGACGGGCGCUUAUCUAACAGCACAAAACACAACUCUCACCCUUCCCCCCCGAACACUGAGAAACCUCAAGAGCCUGGAUUGAUUAAUGAGUCGCAAAGCAUGUAUUGUGGGCAAUUCCAAGGAUAAUGGAACAGUGUGUGAGAAUCUGGUUAAAAUUAAUAAUUUGGUAAACAAUUAAAAAAAGCCUUUAUGACAUCAUACUGAAAAAUAAAUGGAAGUAUCCUCAUCAUGUCAAUUGCACCUAUUAUUAGCAAAUGGCAUUGCGGAUUCUUACCUACUUCUGUUCUGUAGAUACUGAGAUAGUCAACACCAGUGCAUGCUCAAGUGCAUUUAUUUUUCAUACCGGUCUCUAAUAUUCGGCUGGAUUGGCUCUUUGACUCGUCAAGAGCUGCCAGGUAAUGGCUGUGUUAGAGGAUGUCCCACGUGUAUAUCCCCCUACUACCCACAAUCCUUUGUGCUGUUAGAUAAGAAUGAACAGUAGCUCGCUGUGGCCACACUGUGCCAUCUCUUGCAUUGACUUGCUGGAUAAAAUAACUUAUAGGCUGAUAAUGAAGCUGCAAAUGACCUAUUCUCUUUUUUUUUUUUUAU